AUGCCAAUUACAUCAGUAUCAAACAAUGCAAAGCAAUCAGUUCAAAUGUCAGAAGUAGAUAAAAUCAAACAAGUGAGAAAACGUACAUUUUCACAUUGGCCACAUCGAUCAUCAUUUUCCAGCUCACAAAUGAUCGAAGCUGGAUUUUUUAGUUGUAAUGUUGGUGAUCGUGUCAUAUGUAUUUAUUGCAAUGUCAUUUGCCAACAAUGGACUCCAAAUAGUGAUAAUCCAUGUGAAAUACAUAAAAUACUCUCACCCAAAUGUCCUUAUGUUAUUGCUAUAUUGACUCGUUCUCAAACAUCAUCCAUUUUGGUCAUCAAUGACCAUGAUCGUACUGAUCAAUCAUUAGCCUCAACUAGUAUCGAUCCAUUUCGAUGUAAUGCAAUUGUUUAUACUGCAGCCUGUAAUGGAGGAUAUAUUGAAAUACCGAAACGACAUGCAUCUUUUGCUACUUGGCCAAAUGAAAAUUUACCAUCUGUUGAUGAUCUAGUCAGAGCUGGAUUCUUUUAUACUGGCAGUAAAACUAUUGUGACUUGUUUUUAUUGCAACGGUUCUCUACAAAAUUGGAGUCCCAAUGAUAAUCCAAUGAUAGAACAUGCUCGUUGGUUUCCACAUUGUGCAUAUGUUAAACAAUUGUGUGGGUCUGAACUGUAUCGAAAGAUUCAAGAAUCAAAACAAAUCCAACAAGAAAGGGUGAAAGCUAAUGAUGCAAACCAUCAAUCUGGAACUAGUAGUGGUAGCUCGAGUUAUGAGCGUCUUUUGAUACCGGAUGAGAGCACUUUAUCAAGACUUGUAGCUGCUCGACUUGAUCUGCCAAUUUCACAAAGUCUACUUAAUCGUAAUUUCAAACUGUCAAUCAUCAAAAGAUGUUGGGAGGAUCAACUUAGGUUAAAACAUGAAGAUUUUGUGAGCGACUGUGAUCUAUUCAUGGCUUGUAAAAUCCUUCAGAAACAAAUAGAACAUAUAGAUGGUAAGAAGGAAAACAUAAUUGUACCAAGUAUGGCUAUGGCGAAGAUUCGAGAGAGAAAUCAAGCAGAAACUCAUGGUCAUGAACAGCCAGGAUCUGAGUUAUCGUCAACAAAUUCAUCAGUCGGAAGCGAUGUUGAAAUAACAACGUCGUCAUCAGAAUCGAUUCGGAACAGUGUAACUUCAAGAUUUUCUGAUAUAAUGGAAGAGAAGCAACAAGAUAAUAAGUCGCGAAAAACAGACAACGUUGAUCAAAGAAAUCGUCAAUAA